UAUUUUCAUAGUUUCAUGUUUUGCUUGUAGGUUAUACAUCCCACUGUUUGCCAUUCUAUGCAUUGGCCUGCCAGUCCUCACCCCAUGGUACUACUGGAACGAGGAUCUGUGGAUUUCAUUCUUUGUCAACUUCAACUUCCGCUUCUCUUUCACACUUAAUAUGGCUUUUGCUGUAAACAGUUUCGCCCACAUGUAUGGUGCUCGACCAUAUGACAAAAACAUCAGCCCAGUAGAGAAUCUGGCUGUGAGCCUAGGGGCUCUGGGGGAGGGUUGGCACAAUUACCAUCACGUCUUCCCCUGGGACUACAAGACAUCAGAGCUUGGGCAGUACGGGUUCAACUGGACGACAGCUUUCAUCGACACCUUUGCACGUCUCGGCUGGGCUUACGAUUGCAAGACGGUGAGCGAAGGUAUGGUGCGGCGGCGUGCACAAAGGAGCGGAGAUGGCAGUGUGUGGGGCUACGGCGACCGCGACAUGGAUGCAGCGGACCGUUGCGAAUUGGAAACUCACCGGUAGUUGGCCAACUAGAAUGUAUCGGAGAAUCGAAUAGAAAACAGCUUCAAAUUAGUAUUAUUAGCCCUUUGAGUCCUUUGAUUUGUUAUUUUGUCAGCAUUAGUAAAUUUUAAUUAAUCACAGUAAUAAUAGUCAUUAAAGAGUUCACGUCUUUCUACUAAAACUUUUUUUAAAAGAUGUUAAAAAAUUAUUAUUAUAAAUUUUAAUCGUCCACUGCAGAAAACUUCUACAGUAAUUAGAUAUGUGAUGAAAAGUUUUACAUUAGUAACAGUAUUAAAUGAAUUACUCUACCCUAUUACUUAUAGUUGAAUUACAGUAAAUUGGCUGCGUCCAUAUAUGGAAAUUUGGGUUUAGAAUGGAUUUGAGAAUGUAUUUGGAUAUGUACAUUUAUUCACUAUUCUAUUCUAGUAGUCAUACAUAGCUUAAUCCUUUGGAGAUAGCUUUGAACACAAAAAGGGAUCCAAAAACCAUUUUAAUGGGAUUUGCAGAAUUUCAAGGAAAUUACUAUAUUUGAAGUACUACAGUACAAUCAUGUCAUUUUCUUCACCAGAUAAAAAAUGGUGUUCCAGAAUAUAUGUCUUGUACUCGAAAAAAUAUAGGUAUAUAUUUUUAUUAUGUUUUUUUUUUACUGGCAAUAUGGUAUUAUGUAUUACCAUAAUGUAAUACUUAUUGUGUGUUUUGUAAACUUAAAUAUAUUUAAACGUAAAUUUCAAACCAUCCCUCUUCAUGAUAUCAAGUAUUAAAAGAAAAUCAGUUUGUGUCUAAUCAAUAGAUACAGCAGAAGCCCAGUGAUGCACAGGGACAUAGAUCAGAAUCAAACAUUUUAUUUUGUAACAAAAUAUGAGUUGUAUGUACUUCAAGUCAGGUAUUUGCAAAACAUCAGUAUUUAAUUACUUUCAUCAUGAUGUACAGUUUUUCAUAAACAUCUUAAUAUACUCUAGAAUAAUUAAAAACCAUUUACUGUGUAACUUCUGAUAUGUCGCAAAUUCACUGUAUUUGCUACAACUACAAACUUUGCAGAUAUCGGAAUCAAUCUCCAAAAGGUCGAAUAACAAAAUUGAUAUAUCAUUGUAUUUUAUUUCAUCAUUAAAAUGAUACAAAUAUGCAUCAAACAUACAGUACUAGUGUAUAGUGAAAAACAUUGUUUUCAUUGUGCAGAGCUUAAAGAUACAAAACUCGGUAUUUUGUUCAGUUAUGUUACACAAAUUUAGGACUCAAAGGGUUAAUGUGAGGAUUUGUCCCACUCAUUCAAAAAUAUUUUGUUUCUUUUUAAUGUUGAUCUGUAAAUAUUCCAGGUCACAGUCAGUUUCGAUCCUAAAUAUUACCUUGAGCCCACUCUAGUGGAAGCAACUCUAUCCGAGUUGUAAACAAAAGUUGCGCUUAAACAAAAUUAUUUGUCCCUCUAGGAAUGAUUUAAAACAUUAUUUUGUAGAUUCAUUAAACUGUGAUUAUCUUCCCUAAUGUAUUAUUAGUUUGAAAUCAUUUUCAUAUAUUUCAGUCAAUACUGAUGUAAACUUAGAUCUGCUUUGAACUAAUAAUAAUUUUGGGUAAAUUAGUUAAAUUUAAAUUAAUAUAACAUCAAAGACAUGUUAAACAUGACUACAACAGUCAGUUGUGAGUUUUGGAACUCUUUUCAGAAGCAGAAUACUCUGAAUGUUUUAUUUGAGAUAGCUGCAUAUUCUAAAAUGGGCAAAUAAUUUGAACUAAUCUUUUAGUUAAAAAAUGAGAAGAUUCUUGUCAAAUAAGUGCAAUUUCUCUCCAGCACAAUGAGAUCUGUCUUUGAAGUUGUGUAUAUCAAAGACAUACAGAUUUGUGGACUGAGUAGACAAUGUAUUUCACAAGAAUUUUAAAUAUAUUGUUACUCAAAGAUUUAUUUAUAAGAUCAUCCAAAGCAGAGAUUAUGAUAGUACUGAAUACUAAUAAUUCAUGUUAUACUAAGAUAAGAGCUGAAACAGAAUAACUGCUUUAACAAAUAGUAUUAAAUCAGUAAAAUGCUAUUGUCAAUGUUGUGAUUGGUAGAUCAUUAAUCUGAUUUUUAUAUUAUAGCUCUAUAAACACAAUAGUGGCUGUAUUUAACUUUCCCAUUACUAGUUUUGUUUCUAACUUAAUGAUAAACGUUAUGUAAGGGCCAUAGAUGUCUUAGUAUGCAAAAUAAUUGUGAUAAAAGUAUAUUGUAUAAAUGAUGAAGCCAUCACGAACAAAUAUUUCACUCUUAUAAACUCAGAUUAUAAUAUAUGAAAUAUGAUUCUUGAUACAACGUAAAUUUAAUUUGUGAGAACAUACCCUCAUAACCAUGGGCAAUACGUACGUAAAAUUGGUGUCACUUAAAAAGACUGUUACAUUCUGUGAGAUUGUUUGUAGCUCUUUUAGCGAUCUUAUCAUUGUCCAAUAACUCUUAUUGUAUUUAAUAAUCCUAAUCUUGAAACCAUAUUAUUGUUAAAGAGUGUUGAGUUGAACAAACAAGGUUUUUGAAUUUAUUUAUUGAACAUAAAGUGAAGACAAUGUUAUGUUUUAUAUAAGUUUUAUAUGGAGAUGUAUUUAUUUAGUAGUUAACAGGACAAUAGAACCUAGUAAAGAUUCUGUAUUUGAGAAAAGAAUUAUAUCAAAUCGUUCUCUAUUACUAUUAAAUCUGUCCGUUUUAUAUAUCUGUAUAUUAUAGAGUUUAUAUAUUGUUCAGUUGGGGAAUAAGUCGGUAUGAUUGUAUCUUAACUCUGUGUUACGUCACUUACUAAGAGUGGGCGCUGUUCUUUAGAAAGCACUUCUGGUUUCCGUCUGUUUACGUUUCACUAUAAUGAGCUUUCAUGGGCUUUAGUUUACUUAAGGAAUUGAUAAUAGUGUAGCUUGUAAUAAAUUUAAAUGCUGGCCUUAUGUGUAAGAAACAUUUGAUGCUGUUUGUAUAUAGUUUAGUAAAUAUACAAACUGUUUUGUAAACUUUAUAGUUUUAUAUAAUUGUUUUAAUUAAUAAGUAGAUUUUGUAAGUGGUAUUCAGUACAAGCUGUCUGCUAGUUGUUACUUGUGUUGCCCCCUGACAUGGGGUCCCCAUUACUGCCAACAGAUCGACUAAUUUCUACCAAAAUAACAAAAAGAGCUUUAUUUUUUCUAUAACCAUCUAUUUCAUACUAUAUGUAAGACUAUUGAUUUAAUUUGUACCUUGUAAUAGGGAAACCUACAACGCUAUUUAUUGCUCUUCUCUUUUUUUUUAAAUUUAAACUUGAGUGCCUUAUACUGUCAAAACUGGAUCAACGUCAAAUGAGUUGAAAAAUUUGUAUAACUUUUUGUUGUUUUUUUUUAAUUGUUUGGAACCUGAAAAAUUAAUUGUUUAAUUCAUAUCCAUUAUAGACAUUUCUGGUUUUGUUUUAAUUUAGGCUCUUUUCUAAGGAUAUAAAAUAAAAAUCUGGCCAGAACUUAUACCAUUAAUACCAUAAUAUACCAGAAGAUUAAAUCCUGUUUGUAACUGCA